AUGGCGGUUAGGGAGAGAAGCAUGGCGGUUAGGGAGAGAAGCAUGGCGGUUAGGGAGAGAAGCAUGGCGGUUAGGGAGAGAAGCAUGGCGGUUAGGGAGAGAAGCAUGGCGGUUAGGGAGAGAAGCAUGGCGGUUAGGGAGAGAAGCAUGGCGGUUAGGGAGAGAAGCAUGGCGGUUAGGGAGAGAAGCAUGGCGGUUAGGGAGAGAAGCAUGGCGGUUAGGGAGAGAAGCAUGGCGGUUAGGGAGAGAAGCAUGGCGGUUAGGGAGAGAAGCAUGGCGGUUAGGGAGAGAAGCAUGGCGGUUAGGGGAGAAGCAUGGCGGUUAGGGGGAGAAGCAUGGCGGUUAGGGGAGAAGCAUGGCGCAUGGCGGUUAGGAGAGAAGAGCAUGGCGGUUAGGGAGAGAAGCAUGGCGGUUAGGGAGAGAAGCAUGGCGGUUAGGGAGAGAAGCAUGGCGGUUAGGGAGAGAAGCAUGGCGGUUAGGGAGAGAAGCAUGGCGGUUAGGGAGAGAAGCAUGGCGGUUAGGGAGAGAAGCAUGGCGGUUAGGGAGAGAAGCAUGGCGGUUAGGGAGAGAAGCAUGGCGGUUAGGGAGAGAAGCAUGGCGGUUAGGGAGAGAAGCAUGGCGGUUAGGGGGAGAAGCAUGGCGGUUAGGGGGAGAAGCAUGGCGGUUAGGGGGAGAAGAAGCAUGGCGGUUAGGGAGAGAAGCAUGGCGGUUAGGGAGAGAAGCAUGGCGGUUAGGGGGAGAAGCAUGGCGGUUAGGGGGAGAAGCAUGGCGGUUAGGGGAGAGAGCAUGGCGGUUAGGGGGAGUAGCAUGGCGGUUAGGGAGAGAAGCAUGGCGGUUAGGGGGAGAAGCAUGGCGGUUAGGGGGAGAAGCAUGGCGGUUAGGGGGAGAAGCAUGGCGGUUAGGGGGAGAAGCAUGGGGGUUAGCGGGAGAAGCAUGGCGGUAAGGGGAGAAGCAUGGCGGUUAGGGGGAGAAGCAUGGCGGUUAGGGGGAGAAGCAUGGCGGUUAGGGGGAGAAGCAUGGUGGUUAGGGGGAGAAGCAUGGCGGUUAGGGGGAGAAGCAUGGCGGUUAGGGGAGAAGCAUGGCGGUUAG